UAAUACCAUAGAAGAAGACGGAACGUAAACUACUCAACAUGGAGACAGCAGUUGAUAAACUGGAGGCGAUGUUCCAGAAGGCAGAGGCUGACAUGGAGUACAUGGAGAAGCGGCUACGGCUGGAUUUCCUGACUAAUGUUCCAGAGAACAGUGCAGCAGAGGAAAACCCUGUGAAGCUGCUGGAGAACCUGUCAGCCAUCAAGACGAGGCAUGCGGCCCUGUGCACACAAGUGCAGGAGAUCGCAGCCGAGCAGAAGCAAUCAAUGGACUCCAUACGAGUGCACCUCGACACCACUGUGCAGCUGGUGCAACAGUUACAGCAGGCUGCUGACGUUGAGCUUCCAACACUGACUGAGACUGAGCAGGAGUCUGCAGAGUUCCUUGGUUUAUCAGUCAAUCAAAACACAGCAGAGGUACCGAUGUCUAUGGAGCUUCAAGCCCAAGAGCUGCCUCGUUCCUCGAGGGAGGGCGAGUUUGAGGAGCUGAGUGAAGCCACACUGGAGGCAGUGCCGUGCAGCAUGCGUGCCAACGUCAAGCUGGCCAGCCUCAAUGCCUUCUACAAGCAGCUGCACGAGUACUUCUCCUUCAGAAAAAACAGUGGUGCCCUCAGUUUGCAGAAGAUGAAGCAGAUGAACAUGAAGGUUAGCGACGCCAAGCUGAAGACGUUGCAGCACCUCUCUCUCAUUGAGUUAGACAAGAAAGGGCAUGUUCGUCUGCUAAUGUGAGACUGAGGAACCUGCAUAGCCGAGAGGCUAAAAUAUAAGACUCCACCGCACUAUGUGAUGAAAGUGACUGAUUCUGCCCAUCUCUCCUUGUCCAUUUGCUAGGCAUAUUAGCCUCAUUGAAGGGUUUUCAGUUGAAUCCUCAUGCCUACAUAUGCUGUGGUUCGAUUUUAAUUUGCUAGAUAUUUUUAUUAAAUGACACCCCAGAAUCUUCCUUCAAAAGGAAUUGACAUCAGAAGCAAGAAUUCCAGAUGGGAUCAAGUCAUCACAUGUUUCUAGGGUGCUGUAAGUAGAAGGCUGUUGGGCCAUAUUGUAAAUUAAGGUGCACUAUUUUUGUAAAGAGUUUAAUGUUGGAUAAAUAUGUAGUGUUUUCUGGCUAAUGUAUCUGCCAAAUACAUUUCACCUGUAAAUAUGUGAUGAACGAUUUAAUGCCACUGACUUUCCAACUGUACUGUACGUCUUGUGUCGAGUGUCAAUGAAUUUUAUGAGCCUUCAUUAAAUUGAAAUAUUCCCAGUG